UCCUCCAACCCCCUCUGAGUGAGAACGCUCAUGGAACAACCCUAGGCCGACGACUCUGUUGUCGACCCAACAACAGUUCAAAAGCGAUUCGGCAGUAAACAUGGCGCUCGAUUUCGCAGCCACCUACAAAGUCCUCGUGUUGGGCGAUUCGAACGUCGGCAAGACUUGCAUCGUUCAUCGUUAUUGUGACGAGAGAUACUACGAUACUUAUAUAUCGACGAUAGGUAUCGAUUUCAAACAGAAGAUUAUCAACUUGGAUGGUACACCAAUUAAAUUACAAAUUUGGGACACCGCCGGACAGGAACGAUUUAGAACUCUGACAACGGCAUAUUAUCGCGGUGCUAUGGGUAUUUUGCUGAUGUACGAUGUCACCAGUUUGGACAGUUUCAAUCAUUUAUCUUAUUGGCUUCGAAAUAUUCAAGAAAAUGCCUCACCGGAUGUAGUAAAAGUAUUGGCAGCAAAUAAAUGCGACGCCACUGCACAUAGAGCCGUAGAUGCCGAGAGAGGUCAGAAAAUAGCGGAAAAUUUCGAUAUGCCCUUUUUCGAGGUAUCCUGCAAAGAGAAUAUAAACAUCGAGGAAGCAUUUUUGACUUUAGCUAGGAGAAUACGAGAACAACGAGGACGUCGAGCUAGCCUGUUCGAAGCUUCGGAAAGGGAAGGUGCCGACAGUGUGAUCAAAGCUCAAUCACCGUCUCAACAGGGUGAUGCUUGGAGAUGCACCUGUUAGUCAUCCGGCAGAAAUUAAAGAACGAAAAGGCAAAAUAAGAAACAGGGGAAUUCGCUCAUUGGUCGCCGAUAUUUUUAGCUGGAAACAAAGGAAGUAUUUGUUCUUGGACAUCUGUUUUAUUCGCUUCUCCGUAUGGGAACGAAUGCGUAGUUACGUUACUCUUACAAUGGUACGAUCCUUAUAUAUAUAUAUAUAUAUAUAUAUAUAUAUAUAUAUAUGUACAUGUAUAUGUAUAUAUAUAGACACACACAUAACAUAUAUAUAUGGAAAAGUCGAAAACAUAAGGACUUAUAGGAGUAAACGUAUAUAAAAAAAGAAAAUGAGAGAGAGAGAAAGAGUGAAAGCAGAGAAGAAUAAUGGCUAACGAAUUCAAAUCGUGGCUAUUAUUAUCUUAAAAAGGAAAAAAAUAAUUCUGCACAUAUACCGUAUACACUUACACGUACAUCACAAAUAAAUACACAUAUAGCGUACGACGAAUCGUAUAAAGUGGCUAAGCAAAAUUAAAAGAAAAAAAAUAUAAGAUGCGUGUAACUUUAAAGUUACAGCUCGCGUAUGUAAUAAUAAUAAUAAUAAUAAUAAUAAUAAUAAUAAUAAUAAUAAUAAUAAUAAUAAUAAUAAUAAUAAUCGUUCGAACGAUACGAACGUUCACAUUUUAAUCUAAAUCGUGCUGUCACUUUGGCGAAUCGCUUAGGAUCGUCGCCAACUCAAAUUUCCUUAUUAAACAUCGAAGCUCUACGCUAAAACUUAUCGCGAAGACUAUUUAAAUUAUGAUAUUAAUGUAGAAAAAAUGUGUACUUAUAAAUUGAGAAAAAGAAACAAAGAGAAAAAAAGAAAAAAAGACAAAUAGAAAGUAUGAUACUAUCGUCGAGGAAUCGUACGAUUGGACAGUGCUGAAUAUCGAAAGAGUUUGGAGAUCGUUUAUGCUCGUGAUUCAGAGCUCCUAUUGAUCCAGAAAAUCGAUCAAAAUCUUACAGAAGAAGGAUUAAGGAGGAUGCAUUUGUAAUAUGCAACGAAAGUAAAAAAACAAUUCGAUUCUCUAAUUUCGCGCCAAAUUAAAAAAGUAUAAAUUAACUUUCAAGAGGUAACGAAUAAGCAAAUGUAGAUACUCUUCGUAUUUCAUCAUUUUUAUCACAAAUGAAAUUCAAUUAAAAGUGCUUAAGAAGAAGAAAAAAAAAGAAAAAAGGAUUAACAAUAUAAAAUUAACGCUCUAAAAUAGCGGGAGUAUAUAAGAAAAAAAUUUCUAUGGCAAAAUAUUCCUCCUUGGUCUUUCUUACUCUAAAGAUAAAAUUAAUUGUGAUAGUUGUGUCGAUAUCAUAUACAAUCGACACACAAAGUAAGGGAAAUUGAUUUUGAAAUAAAAAUAAAAAAAUCGUGAAGGCUGAUGGCUUCAUCGAAUUUUAAUUAGGCAUUUACAUUUUAUUAUUGGCCGCGAUUAGAAUCUUACGUCGUGAUUUGUCAAAUUUCCAAAUCAAUUUCUUACAGUACAUACAUACAUACAUACAUACAUACGUACGUACGUACGUACGUACGUACAUACGUACAUAUAUACAUACAUAAAUACAUAAAUACAUUGAUACGUUUAAUGAUACUUCGAAAAAGAGAAUUUUUAACCUCUUCAUAGGAAUUUCAUUCGUAUUGCUUUAUACUUGCCACCAUAAGCUUUUUCGUACUACUUUCGAUAUAUCGCGCAUUUUCUGAAAUACGAAUACGUAAAUAAAUAAAUAAACGACAAGCAAAAUAUCUCUUUUGCUCCGCUGAAUUUACAUACAUACGUACAUACAUACACCUCGCACAAAACGCACUGACGUAUUAAUACUACUACUACUACUAUUACUACUACUACUACUACUACUACUACUACUACUACUAUUACUACUACUGCUACUACUAUUAUUAUUAUAUUACAAAAAGAGAAAGAGAGAGAGAGAAAGAAAGAGAGAAAAUUUUCUUUUUUAACAUUACAAGAUGAAAGAUGAACGGGAAAAAAAGAAAUGAACGAAAAAAAUAACGAUCACCUUUGAUCUGGAUUGUUUGCCAAUUUACAAAUUAUUUUUGAGGCAUGUCGGUUUUGACAAAAAAAAAGAGUUAAAAGGAUUAUAAACAAAUUCAAAAUUCAUUGCAAAAUUUUGGAAAGUUAAUACUGAGUUACAAAGGAUUUAACGUUUCAAAGUAUAAAUAGAAACGAGUUCGACAUGUCUGGAUAAUAAAAAAAUGAAAGAAAGAAGGAAGAAUAAACACCACAAGUUUUUGGCAAAAUUUGAGAUUUUCUCGAAAGGCCUAAAAUAAAUAUAGAGAUAUGAAAAUAUCUCGUAAUUUUGUCGUCGAUAAUGAUAAUAUCGCGCAAGAAAUAUUUUUGUCGCUUGGUGCAACUCUAUGGUAUUUAUAUAUGUACAAUGUGAGAAAAUACUUUCGUUAAAGUGCAUUUUGAUUAUUAGUCAGCAAGAAAAAAAAUGCCAAAAAAAAAAUAGAAAGAAAAAAACAUUUAUGUGUAGAUGUAUCGAAUGUGAAGAUAAUGAAACGAAUACGAUGAUAAUCGAUUGUUACUCCAAAAGUUCUACGUAACAAUUUCUUAACUUGUCGCACAUGAACUCGCACGAUCGUUCCAAUCACCACGUAACAACUUCUUAAAAAUGAAGAGUGAAUUGAAAAUUAAAACGAUUCCAUUCGAGAAUUUGAAAAGAAUGAAUGUGAUGAUGUAGACAUUUUUAGAUGAUAUCUUAGAACGGUGUUCUCUCGCAUGAUCGUAUCUCGCGCAUUCUCUAUAUACAUACAUAUACAUAUACUAGAUUUUCCAUUUAAAUUAAUAUCUUUGAAUAUCUGCCCUUUAAAACCAUUCAACUUUUAUUUCCAUUUUCCAUAUUUAUUUUUUUAUUGUAUUAUGAACAGUUAAGUAUUCGAGGAGAUUGACUUAAAUGGGACACUAUAUAUACAUAUGUAUACAUACACGUACAUACAUAAAUACAUACAUACAUACAUACAUACAUAUAUAUACAUAUAUAUACAUAUAUAUAUAUAUAUAUAUAUAUAUAUAUAUAUAUGAUCAUUUCAUCACAAUUCUUGAUAUUCAUAAAAAUUGUAGCUUCCGCUUUUAGUACGCGCGGAAUGAUAAGUAUUUGGACAAAAGAAAAAUGGCGUUGAUACAAGGAUAUCGAAGGAUUUAUUAUAAUUAGGAACUUAGUGUAUCACAAUUUUUAUUCGAAAGAAAGAGAGAAAGAGAAAAAAGAAAGAGAGAAAGAGAGAAUGUAUGUUUUGAUACGCUGCCAACGGCGUCCCAAUUACGUGCCACUAUCUACGUGCGAUGUUUGAUUGAAGCGCUUUGAUAAUCAUUGAAAGAAAAAAAAGAUAAAAAAAGAAAAAGAAAGAUAAAGAAAAAAAAACAACAACAACAACAACAAAGAAGAAGAACAGCGAUAAAUCUAGCGAACUUUUCGUAUCGCUUUAUUCGUCUAUCGACAAGAAUGAAAGUUCUCGGCCAUUUUUUUCUUUUUUUUUGUUUUGUUCACUGCGAUCAAGCAAUAAGUAAGAAUAAAUUCGUAGUUUCAUUUCCUUCAACUCGAAAUGUUCGAGAACUUUCGUUUUGGAAAAAAGCGAUCGUUUAAUACGAUUUAUAUGGUCUUUCUAUAUAUUUAGAUAUAAAGACCAGAUCGCGUGAAGGAGGAAUAUAUGGUGCAAUAUUUGAUAAAUAUUAUUAUUAUCAUUAUCAUUGUAUCACCAUUAUUAUUAUUAUUAUUAUUAUUAUUAUUAUUAUUAUUAUUAUUAUUAUUAUUAUUAUUAUUAUUAUUAUUAUUAUUAUUAUUAUUGUUAUUAUCGCCAUCAUCAUUAUCAUAGAUUUUUCCUAUGAACUGCCCACCAUUAUUUUGACUGUAUCAUUAAAUUUACAUUUGCAGUCAGUAAUAAUAUUUUAUUAUUAGCGACAGUUUGAACGAUCAUAUUUACAUAUAUGUUAACAAAAUUAUAAUAAUGAAAAAGUGAGAUUUUCUCAUUAUAUUAUUAAUGAGUUUAUUCCAAUGCAAAUUAAAUGACAUAAUUAAGAUAACAACUGAUAACAGAAAAGAUUAAUAAGGUAAACAGGAAAAUGAGUCAGAUAACAAGAUUCAUUAUUAUUAUUAUUGUUAUUAUGAUUAUUAUCAUGAUCAUUAUCAUUGUCAUUAUUGCUAUUAUUACUAUCAUUAUUAUUAUAUUUUAGUCGAGUAGAUUUACUGGAAUACGUCCCUUUUCGAAUAAUUGUUUCGUAAUUAGAACGACGUCGAUGGCGAGAUAAAAGAAACAAACUUUUCGUUGUUUACGUCGAAAAAGAAAGGAAAGGAAUGUAUAAGAAAAAAAAAAUUACGAAGAACGACGAUCGAGAUCGACAAUCGCGAACGCCGGCACUAUAAUUGCACUGUCCUUUGAGAAAACGUACUCGAAAGGAAGAGGGAGAAAAAUAAUUAAAUAAAUAAAUAAAUAAAUAAAUAAAUUAGAAGAUAAUUUACGAUCGUCGAUAUACAUAUUAAUUACGGAGCACGUCCUAGUGAUUAUGACGCGUAAAUAAAUCGCACAAUCGCAUUUUUGUAGUAGAAUAGUAGACAUUCUUAAUAACGUUAAGAUCAUAAUACGCACUUCCUGUUCGCGAUCUUCGUUUAAAUGCUGACAAGAAAGAAGAAAAAUACGCCUUUAUUGUGCCUACCAACAAUUAUUAAGACGAGAAAAGGAGGGAGAAAGAAGGAAGGAGAAAUAUAUAGGAAGCAAGAAAGAAAAUGAGAGAGAAAAGGAGAAAAAAGAAAGAGAGAAAAUAAAAGGAAGAAGAAAGAUGAAGAAAGAGGAAAGGAGAGAGUAAAACGAAAUAAGAAAAUAGCUGUUUGUAGUAAAGAGAAGAGGGAGAGAGAGAGAAAGAGAGAGGGAGAGAGAGAGAGAGAGAGAGAGAGAGAGAGGGAAAGAGAGAGAGAAUAGAAGGAUACGAAAUCGACCAAAAGUUACGAUUUUUUCGCAAAAACAUUUCGUACUGACUAUCACGAAUUACAUACAUACACACACACACACACACACACACAUACAUGCACACGCGCAACACACAACGAUGUUAAUCUCUUUGCACUUGAUCUUAUGUAAAAAGGAAACAAAUAAAGAGAAGAAGACAAAGAAAUAAAUUGACUGAAGAUUAUGAGUACGAAUUAGCGCGUUGUUGCGAAGGAUUAGAUAGAUGCUGAUAUCGUGAAAAAAAAAAGCAAGCGCAUGAUCCUCGAUCGAUCGAAUUUCGUAACGAGCAAGCAAUGUUAUAAAUAUGGCGCUGGGGUCUUCCCGCCAAAUUUCAAUAUAAGUAUAGCGUUCGUUUCAAGCCGCAUUCGCAAUACCAAUGCAAACGAGUAACGAUUACGAUUAUAGGCUUUGUACUAUUUGCAUUAAAAGUAUAUAUAUAUAUAUACAUACAUACAUACAUAUAUAUACAUCCACGCAUACAUGCGUGUAUACACGAUCAGUCGUAUAUCUUUGUUGCUUUUAUAUGUUUAUAACUCGCGAUAGAGGAGAUUUAUAUAAAUAAAAAGAAAGAAAGAAAGAAAGAAAAAAAGAAUGAAAGAAAGAAAGAAACGUGACAGAAGUUUAAUUCUUCUGGCUAUUGUUUCAUAAAGCCACAAUCUUGAUUAAUGCUCUUUCUCGUAGAGUGAUCAUUUUCGAUCUAUCGAUAAUAAUCGGUAAUCGAUAGUCGAAUUCUUUACUCAUGACUAUCGAGUAGACGCCAAAGACGCACUAUGCGCAUUAUAAUCGGCUUUCGUUAACGCCAAUUUUUUAAAAGCAAGAGAAAUGCGAUUUUUAACGCGCUUAGUAAGAGAUAAAAAAUAUAGGAAGAUGAGAGCAAAAAGAGAUAGAGAGAUAGAAAGAGAAACAGAGAGAGAAAGAAAGAGAGAGAGAGAGAGAGAGAGAGAAAGUCAAUUUGUAAGAAUUUGCACCGAUAGGUCAGCUUGUGUUCUUUUUUUUUUGUUGUAAGAAACGCUGGAUCGUUUUCCUCCUCUCUUACUCUUACCGAGACGUUUCGUUUCUUCUUCGAAGCUGGUCUUCGUGAGUAGAAAUCUCUUAGAAACACUUUUAUAUAUAUAUAUAUACGCGUUCUUUCCUUUUAUUAUUUCUAACUAAAUUCCGCAAACCGGGAUUUUUCGUGUCCGAGCAAAUUUGAGAAAUGUGGUUACAUCAGGAUUAAUAAUCCAUUUAAAUAAAUUAUUGCUUAGAUUUUUUCUUCUAAUAAAUUUGAAAGGUUUUUAAAUGGUAUAUGAAUUUUUUUUAAUUUUUUCAAAAACUUUUAGCCACUAAGAAACGUGUCGGACAUAAAUAACCCCCGUUGAUAGUUUGCGACAAGCGUAAAAACGUUUGAUAUUUUCGUGUAUCGCUUAGAAAGAAAUGUUUUUCAAAUAAUUUCUUUUUUUCCCUUCGAAGGAAAGACUUCGUUAAUAUAUCUGUUUUGUCUUUCUUCUUUCUUUUUUUUCUUUUUUUCAAAAAAUAUUUCUGUAAUUUUAUUCCAAACGACGUAUAUUUUUAAACAUUUUCUUUGUUAGAGAGAGGUUAGAGUUAUGUUCAAGACAAUAGAACUAUGUUGCGCUCGUUACCUCGACAAUUUUCGACACACAACGUCGUUUCGCGAUGUAUAUUUAUAAAUCUUUAUGUUUGUAGAAACGAUUGUACAACUUGAUGUGUGAAUCAAUAAUAAAUAAUAAAGAUGCACACUUUUUACCUAUGA